AGAGACUUCCACACUUUUUGCUGGGCUGGAUCCCAUGCCUUCUCGCUGACACACCAGCGGCUAUCCCCGUUCAAAGGCUCUAUUUAAGGCGCACCUCAGAUGCUCUGAGUUCGUUGGUUCUUCCAUUCGUUGAGGUACCUUCUAUGAUGGCAUCACCUACUCCUUCUUUGCCAGAUUCUUCACUAUUUGGAUCUCCUCACUUAGGGUCCUUCGGAGAGCAAGUCCCAUCUGAGUCCUUGGGCACAGAGUGCAGCCUUUGUCACGAAACUUAUACAGCUCCAAAGGUAUUACCUUGUUUACACACAUUUUGUCAGCCUUGUCUCGAAAAAAUUCAAGACAAUUGUGAGAAACUUCAGUGCCCAAAGUGUGAUCAAGAUUGCACACUCCCCCCUCAAGGAAUAUCUGGACUUCUAUCUGAUUAUGCAAUUACCAAUGUUUUAGAAACUUCUGUCUUAGAAGGAUCUCCCCUUUCCUGUACUGGCUGCAAGACCAAAGAUACACAUGCUGUAGCCCGUUGUUUCGAUUGUGCCAAUUAUUUGUGUGGAAACUGUGUCAUGGCCCAUCAGUACAUGCAUUGCUUUGAGGGACAUCAAGUUGUUAAUCUAAAAGAGAACUCUAAUAAGGAAGAUUUCAAAGCAGACAAAUUGAUCUGCUGCCCACGUCAUAAAGGAGAAACUUUAAGAUACUUCUGUAGGACAUGUAAUACGCCAAUUUGUAAAGAAUGCACUAAUGUUGAUCAUCCGAAGGGAUUGCAUGACUAUGAUCAUCUAUCUGAUGUUGGUCCAAGACAAGUGGAAAUACUUGGAGAAUUAUUAGAGCAAAGUAAAAGUAAAACAAAUGACCUCAGAAAUGCUGCAAAGUCAGUUGAACACUUCUCAUCCCGUUUGCAAAUGCAAUAUCAUAAAGCACAAGCAGAAAUUAAUGAUACGUUCAAUUUUUAUUGUUCUGUUUUAGAAGAGCGCAAAGAAGAAUUGAUGAAGGAACUUGAAGAUUUAUACAAUACAAAAAUGGUUUCUUUGAGUUUAGUUGGCAAUAAGGUUCAAGAAAUGGUGGAAAAGGUGCAGCAGAUGUCAAUGUUUGUAGACCGCAUUAUGAAAUUUUCUAGUAACUCUGAAAUUUUAAUGUUUAAGCAGCUUCUUGACUCUAAACUACAGAGUGUUAUUUCUUAUAAUCCAGAAGUUAAUUUGCAGUCAAUGGAUCUUGAGUUUUUGUCCAACUAUCAAGCCAUCCAAGUUGGAGUUCGUAACACUUUUGGGUACAUACGACAUAAUUCCGAGGGUGCUCCAAACAAUAAGCCACAGCCAAUAGCAAGACCAAAUGGCGUUGUAAAUUCUGAUCGUGCCUAUCAGAAUGGCCAUGUUUAUGAAUCAAAUAUCAUAUCUAAAAGAUUUGGUUCUGCUAAUAGUUUAGGACCAUUCUCAACAAGCUUAAGUGACAUCAGCCCAUAUGAAAAAUGGUCUAGUGCCCCUACAGAUUUGUUUCAGAAUGGAACAACUGAAUCAUUUCAUCUGAAUGCUGAGCCAGUCAUUGAUCUGACUUCUAAAUUUAUUUCUGCAAGUAUGUAUCCUUUGAAAUCUCAAAUUAAAAGACAGAAAAUGAUUUAUCACUGCAAAUUUGGCGAAUUUGGUGUCAUGGAAGGACAGUUUACUGAGCCAAGCGGUGUUGCUGUUAAUGCACAAAAUGAUAUAAUUGUUGCAGAUACUAAUAAUCACAGAAUUCAGAUCUUCGACAAGGAAGGGAGAUUUAAGUUCCAAUUUGGUGAAUGUGGAAAGCGUGAUGGUCAAUUGUUAUAUCCCAAUAGGGUAGCUGUUGUGAAAACAUCGGGUGACAUAAUUGUUACAGAACGCAGUCCAACACAUCAAAUUCAAAUAUAUAAUCAAUAUGGACAAUUCGUAAGAAAAUUUGGAGCCAAUAUUCUUCAACAUCCCCGGGGGGUCACUGUAGAUGUUAAAGGUCGCAUCAUUGUGGUUGAAUGCAAGGUGAUGCGAGUUAUUAUCUUUGACCAACUUGGUAAUGUCUUACAGAAAUUUGGUUGCUCCAAGCAUUUAGAGUUUCCUAAUGGAGUUGUAGUAAAUGACAAACAGGAGAUUUUCAUAAGUGAUAAUAGAGCUCAUUGUGUGAAAGUUUUUAAUUAUGAUGGUGUUUUUCUUCGACAAAUUGGAGGGGAAGGUUUGACAAACUAUCCGAUUGGUGUAUGCAUUAACCAGAAUGGAGAAAUUUUAGUCGCUGACAAUCAUAACAACUUCAAUAUAACGAUAUUUACUCAAGACGGACAGUUGGUUAAUGCAUCUGAAAGCAAAGUGAAGCAUGCUCAGUGUUUUGAUGUAGCUUUAAUGGAUGACAGUUCAGUUGUACUUGCUAGCAAAGACUAUCGCUUGUACAUCUAUCGUUACAUGCAAAUUGCUGGGCUCGGAAUCUAA